AUGGAAGCAUCCGACUUGUUUUCCGUGUGAUGCUCUCGACCUGUGAUCGCGAGAGAGGAGGUACUAAACCCGUCCAUUCCCCCGAUUCCCGCGGCCCCUUGGAGCGCGGAGGUCCGUGAGAUGGUGAUCGUCGAGGCGGUGAUAAGAAACAUUUCCGUUCCGACGAACGAGGGGCAAACCACCGUUUUACCGCAACCGUCCAUUCCACGCAAUCAUCGGCCCCAAAUAUUUCCCUUCCCCGAGUUGCAGACACCCUCGACAACCUCCGAGCAUCCUCAACCGCUCGCCGCAACCAACACUCGUGCUCGUUCCCUCCCUUCCGCUUUCUACUCUCCUUUCCUUCCCCUUUUAGUUUUAGGUUCAAAGGGGAGGUCUCCAUCAACACACCCCACCCCCUCCCUCCUCCUCCUCCUCCAUUGCCCUUUUCCUCCUUCCUUGGCCGCUUUCAUGUGGACGUCAUGGGAAAAGAUUAAGGUGCCUCGCGGCGCCACCGCCAUCGCCUCGCCGCGGCUUCCCAAUCCCAAGCCCUCCUCCCUCAAGGACGUCCGCGGCCCCCUUGACGAACCCUCCUCCCCCUCCAUCGCCAGGAGGCUGUCGCCCAAGGCCGUCCUCCACAGCGUCCGCUCCGCCUCCUCCGUCCUCCGCUCAUGGCGGUCCUCCCCGCCCUCCCCCUGCGCGGAGAAGCGGAUCGUCCUCUACUUCACCUCCCUCCGCGUCGUCCGCAAGACCUUCGAGGACUGCCGCUUCGUUCGGUCCAUCCUCCGCGGCCACCGCGUCGCCGUCGACGAGCGCGACGUCUCCUUGGACGCCGGCUUCCUCGGUGAGCUCGGCCGCAUCGUGGGCCGCCGGCGGGGGGUCACCACGCUCCCCCAGGUCUUCAUCGGCGGUCGGCACGUCGGCGGCGCCGACGAGAUCCGUCAGCUCCACGAGACUGGGGAGCUGAGGCGGUACGUGGAGGGGGUGGCGCCGGUGCCCGCCGGCUCCUGCGACGGCUGCGGCGGAGUGCGCUUCGUCAUCUGUGCGACCUGUGGCGGGAGCCAUAAGUGCUACUCUCACAAGGGAGGUGGCGGAGUCUUCCGGAGCUGUCCCGCCUGCAACGAGAACGGGCUCGUCCGCUGUCCUCAAUGCCGUACCUCCCCCGCCAUCUGAUCGAGAUCGGACGGCGGAGAGAGAGCUCCGGGGUUAUUAGAUGAUGCGGGAACAGUCCGAGAUGGCGAACGCUUUCGCGUUCGAAACGGUCUCCAAAACCCGCUUCUUUUAUUGGGUAUAUUUAGCUUCUACAAAAAAAAAUCUCUUAUCAUACCU